UGCCACAGUUUUGCCCAAUCCUGUAACGGAGAUUGCAUUCACUCUCUCAACUAGCACAGACCACGGAUGGAUUGAAGUAGCUGAUGUCUUGCUAAAGUGAGUGAAGAUAUUUCUAAAUGUUUGCACUUGGGUCAGGUGGAUUUUCAGAAUCAUUCAGUGUCCAGUGUCUUUAUCGUUUCCCCAACAUCAUCUGGAUAAAAGUUGAGAAAAUCUGGAAGAUGGCUUGAAGAUACUUAUUAGGGCUGAAAAGGGCUUUUGAAGUGUAAGGAUUGACUGAGCCUAAAAAUUAUGCUAAUUUUAACUGGAUUGAAAUGCAAACAGGCAAACUAACAAAUGACAAUGAGGCACAAUGAAACGAAACAAAACGCCACCGUUGGCGACAAUUGAUAGGGUUUCUGUUAGACAACAUGAGUGAGCCGUUUUUGCCAAACUACAUGAUCGGAAUAGGAAACCUUUCAAAACUUCAUGAAAAAGACAGUGAAGAGAAACAAAUCAUUUCUGCAGUUUACCGGUAUGAAUUCCGAUAGCAGCUAUCCAGCGAGUCUCUUAAUAAACAAAUCUAGUAAUCUUAAAAGUGGAGGAGACUUCAGUAGUCACUUAAUAAAACUUCUCACUUCGUGUGACAUUUCUAGCUACAACAUUUCUAGCAGAAAUUUCUACGCCAGAAUACUUGUAGCAAUAACAUCUCUAUCUUGCAAAGCGGUCUGUUUCAAUUCUGAGCAAUUUUAAUUAGAAGUGUCUUUAGCAAAUGCAAUGUAUUAUUCACUUAAAAGCAGGUCAAAGGCUAAAUUUUAUUUUGUUUUUUACCGCAAUAAAAUAAAUUCAGUCUUUUCUUUUCAGCAUGGCUUUUGAGCACUCAUCACGCACACUCGGGAGGCCUGGGUGAUUUCUUGAGCACCAGAAAAUGUAAUAAUUGUCCGAAGGCCAGAAGGAAGGAAGCAAAAGCAGAAAUCCAAAACUUGCCUUGAACAUAUUUUCUUUUUUGUAGCCUCACGCUGCUGUAUCUCCCAAAUGCAAGCCCUGAGCCUUAUCACUCUUAGCAUUCAUGCACACUCAUGCACACACACACCGCUCACAUGUAUAAACUAGCCUUAGAUCUCCACAGGGCUUUCUAGAAGUCCCUUAUGUUGAUUUCCCAAAUCUCUGUCUUUCCCCUGCCUCUGAACUUUCCUCAGUUAUUUUUUUAAGGGUGGAAGCAGAUAUCUGCGGAUUGCCAUUGUCUCAUCCACUAAGGAAUUUGUUCAAGAAUGGAUUGCUAACAGAAUGACUAAUUUUUCUUAUCAGAUAGAAUUUGUGUCCUUAUGACACUGAAUAAUUCCCUUUGAUAUCAUUGAAAACUAACAAAACAGAGGCACCUGGGUGGCUCAGUCAGUUAAUCGUCAGAUUAACUUGAUUACGGCUCAGGUCAUGUCUCACGGUUCCUGAGUUGGAGCUCCGAGUUGGGCUCUGCACGGACCCUGUAGAGUCUGCUUGGGAUUCCCCACCCGCCCUCUCUCUCAAAAUAAAUUUAAUAAAAAAGAGAGAAAGAAAAAUAGUGGGACACGUGGAUGGCUUAGCUGGUCAAGCGUCCGACUUCGGCUCAGGUCAUGAUCUCAAGGUUAGUGAGUUUCAGGUCACUGUGCUGACAACCCAGAGCCUGGAACUUGCUUCAGAUUCUGCGUCUCCCUCUCUCUCUGCCCCUCCCCCGCUCACACUUUGUCUCUCUCUCUCUCUCUCUCUCAAAAAUAAGCAUUAAAAAAGAAAAAUAGCACAAUAAAUGUAAGUGAUAAGUAGAAAGUUUAGGGGCGUGGUAUACAGAGGAGUCCCAGAAAGAGUGAAGUGUAAAGGGACGGGGUUAUUUUUAGCAGUAGCAGAAGAAAAAGUAUCAUAAGAGAAGAAACCUAUGCUCCUCAAAUUGGAAAAAGCAUGCACAGUGAUGAGCAGAAAGAUUAAAAGGAUGUUUUUGGUAAUUUGAUAACUGCUACUGAAUUUCAAAACAUCAAGUACAAAGAGGAAAUCUUGGAAGCCUUCAAAGAGAAGGAAAACACGCAAACCGGAUGAACCCUAAGAAACCGAAAAUCCUCCUCUGGAUGUUCACAAAUUGAAAAAAGGCUGGAUGUUACACCUUUGUAUGUAUCUCUCGCUCAUACUGACCAUUGCCAUACUAGCAACAAAACUUUCAAAGCGUUCCCAAACUAUGGCAUGUGAGGACGAAUGGAUUGGAUUAAGAAAAAAGUGUUUCUAUUUUUCCAGUGAUACCAAAAAUUGGACAGCCAGCAAAAGAUUCUGCAGUUCACAGGGAUCAGAACUUGCUCAUAUUGAUACACAAGAGGAUAUGGAUUUUUUGAGGAAGCACGCAGGAACUUCUAUGCACUGGAUCGGAUUGAACAGAAAACAAGGAGAGUCUUGGAAGUGGACCAAUGGCACCAUAUUCAAUCCUUGGUUUGAAAUUAGUGGGAAUGGUUCCUUUGCAUUUCUGAAUGCUGACGGAGUCCGUAGUUCCAGGGGAUUUAUUGAUAUCAAGUGGAUUUGCAGCAAACCUAAGUUUUAAUAGAGUAAAGAACUGAAAAAUGGCUGUGGUACAUCUAAUGGCUAUUCCGUGGAUUAGGAGAUUAUAGGGAAUGCAUUGCAAAGCA